AUGGCGAAUAGGAGGGAGAAAGAGUGCAACUGGAUUGAGCAUGAGUUCAAUAAAAACAAAACGACUUCAAUCGUUCUAUACGAAUGCAUUUUGCAGGAAAACUUGGACAUUGGAAAAAUGAACGACGCUUGGGAAUAUGUUGUGCGCGAACAUGAAGGGUUGACAAAAACGAUUCGGAUGGAAGAAACGAAGAUCAGCAGCGUUUUCAUGGCUGCAAAUCAAACCUUGGGAGAGUCGCACAAAAGGAUCGAAUAUCUCAAGAACGUCGACAUUCCUCGCUUUCUGGAAUUGAUCACAAAUCAAGACGAUGAAAUCACACUGAAAGCCGUUCCGUUCCGACUCUGGUUCGUCAUCAACAAGGACACUUUAUGGAUCUGUCUCAAGUUGCCCCGCUCGAUGGCGGACAACAAGUCCAUGCAGAUUAUUGUCAACGAGCUUCUUCGGCACUACGACGAGGCUAAUUCGCACCAGGGGAUGUCAGUAGAGAAUACUUACGAGGGCAAGAUCUUCGAGACCCAAGAUACCGAAAUUGAAGCUCACGAUGACAGAAAACAACAGCUCAAGCAUUUUCAUGGUGGUCUUUCAAUUCCAGUGUCGCGUGGGGAAGAAUACAAAAUGACGGAUCCUUGUGGAGUCUUAACCGCAUCAAUCAAGCUACGCGAGGGCUACAAGAAUCCAAGAGAAAGAAAAACUUUUAUCUGCAAAGCAAUGAUUGCUUCUAUUUUUGGAAUGUGCGAAAUGCGAAGCACAUCUGUUUACAAGUCUAUCCAUAAAAACCUUCCCCUGUUGGACUUUGAAGUUGACUUCGAUUUCCGCAAUCUGCACGGAAACUUUUCCGAGGGAAACGUAUCUUACGAAAAACGAUAG